GGAUAUCUAACAUACUAUAUAUACAUAAACUUUAUCUUCCACCCGCCACCAGUCUCCGUCAACCAGAAGAUAUCCUCGGAACGGACUGUAUACCAUCUUACAACCCACAUGGCCCAGGAUUGAUAUAUAACCAACAUGAACCGUGCCGUCCAGAGGAGUCAGCUCUUCAAUCCUGCCGGCCAACAGACACGCUCUCAAUAUGACCCUCAGAAUCCUGGUGUGCAGCACAGAGGACCUGCCGGACCCGCCCCACAGCAACAGUACCAGCAGUACCAGCAGUAUCAACAACCUCAACAGCAAGGUCAGCCACAGCAACAGCAGCAGCAGCAACAACAACAGCUAUCACAGCAAGGGCCUCAGUCGACAAACGGCACUGCAGAUGGUGCAAGUGGAAGUGGGAGCACGCCUGGUCAAGAGAUGAACCUCGCCUCGGUGCUGCAUUACCUACAAAGCGAAUGGAGAAGAUGGGAGAGGGAUAGAAACGAGUGGGAAAUUGAGAGAGCAGAGAUGAGGGCCCGAAUUGCACUGCUGGAAGGACAAAGAAGAUCAGCAGAAAACCUCAAGGUAGAUUUGUUGAGAAGGGUCAAAAUGCUCGAGUUCGCUCUACGACAAGAGAGAACAAAGCGGGUUGGUGCCGGAGGCAAGCUCAACAGCGUCCCGCCUACUCGUUUGGCUGCACUUCAGGACGAAGACAGGCUUUCAACAGGAGACAAGGAAGGUAGCGGAAGUGAAGGUAGCCAAGAAGACAUUCUUGAGAAGCCAACCAAAGUGAACGGCGUUCAUUCUGCUGCUGUCGGCAAAUCUUCUACAAUCAUGUCUCGUUCCCAGCCUGCUGAGGCAAAUCAAUGGAAGAGCAUCGGUGUCGCCCCUAGAGAUCCUAAAGCCCGUGCACGAAGUCGAGAAUAUCUCAAACAAUGUCUUCAAGAGAUCAGCUACCUUACUUCUCCCGGUGCCCUCAAUCCUCUCCCUCCAUACCCUCCCGUAGACCCUUCUGCUCUUCCUCAGCCGGAUGUGUCGCACGACCCCAACCACCCCGAGGUUGACCUUUAUGAACGACCCCGAAAAGAGCUGUCUGAAGAGCCUGUCCCACCCCUUCACACUCGUAAACGAAACGACGAAGCUGCAGAGACCAAAGAGACCGCUGGCUCGACUUCAGCCUCUGAGGAUGAUCAGGUGAACGGCGAAAAGGACAAACCCAUUCCCUCCAUUCCCACCCCUGCAUUGCCACCUGGAUCUUCGUCUUCUUUUCCUACAUCACAACCCAUGGAAAAGUCCGUCUCUCCUUCACCCUUAGCGUUCCAUCGUCCAGGCUUAGAUCCGGCACUUUUACCCCCCAGUGAUAAUAGUGGCCCCCCGUCCUCCCCGUCUCCGAGAACAGUAAGCUUACCGGAUAUCUCUGCGACUAAAAGCGAGGAUGAGCCACGAUCGCCAGGUGCCGGGAAGGAUUCGGAUGAGCCGGGAAAGCAGCUUUUGACGGCCAUAUAUAGGCCGGAUAGUAAGACUGCAUGGCGAGAAGAACUGAAGGCUGCCAACGAGGAAGCGGAAAAGGCGAAGGAGGAAAGAGCACGAAAGGUGCCCGAUCAGGCCGAAGACGACCGACUCACAACUUUGUCGCUCAAUACCGAGGAGGAAGAAAUCAAAGCGGAUGAUUCAGUCGAUAAGAUAUGGGUAUCCAAAAGGAGUUUGAAGAGUCACUUGGACAUUGUUAGGGCUAUUGCGUUUGCUCAUGGUCCUGGAAUUAUGUUGGCGACUGGCGGUGAUGAUUGUACGGUGAAGGUUUGGUCAGUGGAUUCAGCUAGUAUCAUUUCCCACAGACAUACUGCUCAAGAAAUUGAGCCUAUCAUGACUUUGCGCGGUCACACCGCCGCUAUCACAUCCGUGGCCAUAUCCAAUGCCCUUUCUAUAAUAUUCUCUGCCUCCCUGGACUCGACUAUCCGCCUCUGGCAAUUACCAGCUCACAAUCACGAUCCGUACGCUACCUAUAAUCCUUCUGUUGCGGUCCAGACACUUGAAGGUCACACUGAAUCUGUUUGGGACAUCUGUCUCCUUCCUCCUCAAGAAGUCAGCCCGGCAGGGAAGGAAGGCAUUGAAGGCCGUCUUGUCAGCGCCUCCUCAGAUGGUUCGGUCAAGCUUUGGGAACGAUCCGGCUCUUCUCCAUCCGCGAGUAACUGGAAACUGGAGAAGUCAUUCAGCUCUUUUGGCGAGGGUGUCAUACCGACGUGUUUGGCAGUUUUCAACCUAGAUUUUGGAAAAGUGCUUGUGGGUACGUCGGAUGGAAAGGCAAGAUUAUGGGAUGUGGAUGCGGGAGAGGAAGUGCGCCUGUUUGGAGAGGAAGGCCAAGGUGUGGACUCUCAGGUAAAUGCCAUCUUGAGCCACCCAACUUUACCGGCUAUUGUAACGGCUCAUGAAGACGGAUAUCUCCGGUUCUACGAUGCUAAAUCUUCAUCCACUACCCCGACGCAUACAGUCCUUGCUCAUCCCGCACCUAUAACUUCUCUUGCUCUAUCACCCUCAUCCCCAACGUGCAUACUCACGUCGUCUGUCGACUGUACUGUUCGUUUGUGGGACUUGACAAAGAAGACUUCAAUCCAGGAAUUGGCAGGGCACAGAGGAAGGGCAGAUGAGGGCGUUUGCGCGGUGGCUAGUCAUCCGGAAUUACCAGUCAUCGGAAGCGCAGGUGCGGAUGGAGUUGUCAGACUUUGGGGAUUGGCUUGAGCCGAUGCUAAGGAAAAAAGUUGUCGUUUUCUUACUUUCUGUUUUUUUGUUGGGGAACUAGUAUUUUUUGGCCUUAAAGCGUACAGGGGAAAAUAUUGUAGCACUACAAAAAUUAAGAAGUACGCAAGAAAGGCAGAUAGACGCAAGAGAAGAAGUAUUAUUCAAAAGGAAGUGGAUAUAAGCAAAGGACUGCAUUUUUACUCGUUUUCUCUUAGCAUCAUUUUUAUUUCUUUUUCAUCUGUUUCUUUUGUCGUUAACAGAGUCUGCAAUGACCGGCUAUGAUCCGCUGUUCUAUUCUUUCUUUAUUACCGCGAAGCAGUUAUUUUACAUCAGUAGUGUGUAGAGACAAAGUGACAAAAGCAUUGAUGCCAUUAGUAGCCACAAUACUUGGACUUGCACGAUUCACGAUAAGGUUCUUUUCAUGGCUCUUAUGCAUUUAUCAAGG